AACUCGACCAAUCAGAGUCAGCCUUUAGCCUAACCUCCAACCCGGUGCUAGCAGUCGUUUCGACCAGGAAUCAGCAGGGCUCUGUCUUGUCCUGUCUUUCCCGUAGGAAAUCUCAUUUUCUGCAUCAGCUUUUCGACAAUCAUGUCUGCCAGCAAUAACGUGCAAUUACGGUGCUGCGCUCGCGUGGACCGACAACUGGUGUCCUAGCCAGGGCUUCAAGUUCGCCCAACGCAACUCGUCAGGGCCUCCACACCCCCACACAUCUCAAUAGUCAAUCUUCAAGUGCAACCAAUCAGAGGCGAACACACUUCUUUUCCUUUUCCUUCCCAAAACUGUCCGUCAGCAGCAGUAGUGCCCGAGUUUCGCAGCCUUCUGCCUGAUGACUCUAUUUUAAAACCCCUCGCGUGCCAUUCAGCUCAAUUUCAGUAUUUUCUCUCUCUCUCUCUCUUCCGCUAUUUUUUCUCUACACGUAAUGCCGACUGUGAUAACUCCCGUAAUUGUAAGCUGUUUUAGUUUGUAAUAUCAUGAAGAGUGAGCGUGCAAUCUAGACACAAGUUCUUUUUUUUAAAUUUUGCAUAUUUAGUUUUUCUCUCGUAACUAUCGCAAAAAAAAAAUCCAAAAUGAUUGCACCCGAGUCACCCGAAGUUAUGUGGAUUCUGAUCCUUGGAUUUGUGGUCGCGUUCGUUUUGGCCUUCGGCAUCGGUGCUAACGAUGUGGCCAACUCUUUCGGUACGUCCGUCGGUUCCCGCGUACUUACCGUCAGGCAGGCCUGCAUCCUCGGCACUAUCUUCGAGAUCGCUGGCUCCGUGCUAAUUGGCUACAAAGUGUCGGAUACAAUGCGGAAAGGAAUACUGGACGUCGACCAGUACCACGGUCAUGAAAAGGAGCUCAUGAUGGGCUGCCUCUCGGCGCUGGCUGGCAGCGCUGUCUGGCUGAUCGUCGCCACCUACUUCAAGCUGCCCAUCUCGGGCACACACAGCAUCGUCGGCGCCACAGUUGGCUUCUCCUUGGUGGCCCGUGGCACGGGUGGAAUCUCGUGGAGCAAGCUCCUCACCAUCGUUGCUUCAUGGUUCGUGUCCCCGGUGCUGUCCGGCACGAUGUCGCUGGCCCUGUUCGUGCUGAUCCGGCGCUUCAUCAUCAGCCGACCUAGACCGCUCAUACCUGGACUCAGGGCUCUGCCCCUGAUCUAUGGCAUCACCAUCAUUGUGAACGUCUUCUCUAUUUUCCAUGAUGGGCCCAAGCUUCUCCACUUCGAUCGUAUUCCAUUGUGGGGCUCAAUCGUGGCAAGUUUGGCCAUUGGUGUGACCGUGUCAUUGAUCGUGCAAUGCUUUGUCGUGCCCUAUCUCCGUAAAAGUAUAAUCGAGCACACAACGAAAGAGUGCGAGGGUCAGGUGAAGUUCACUUUCGGAGAGUCUGCAGAUUCGUCUCGGGACCAUAGUCCGCAGCAGAGCAAGAACAUCUCCGUCGAGGAUAUGGGCCGACUCGGAGUGAUCACCGAAAACAUCGAAAUCACCGCACUCAGCCCCAAUGAACUCAAAUCCAACGGCAACGCCAAGGGCACAAACGGCUUCAUCAUUGGUGACAAAGUAGUUGCCAGGAUUGGAGAAAACGGAGACAUGCCAGUGCCACAGUUGCAAGGAGGCCUCAACUCUGGCAAUGUCACCCCAGCCUACGGUCUUUCUCCCAACAGCAGCGCAGUUCCUCUCAUCAGAGAACGGGUGCCAGCCAACCAGGACCCUGAAGCUGCAAAUGGCAAUCUGCCCAACAGCAACGCUGUUGUCCAAGACACUCCAGAAGUUAGCCGGCUCUUUUCAUUCCUGCAAAUCCUCACGGCAACUUUUGGUUCCUUUGCUCACGGCGGAAACGACGUCAGCAACGCCAUCGGUCCUCUAGUGGCGCUUUGGAUGAUUUUCAAAGAUGGCGCAGUGCACCAAAACUCCGAGACCCCGAUUAGUAUCCUCUUCUACGGAGGCAUCGGCAUUUCACUCGGCCUCUGGAUCUGGGGCAGGCGGGUCAUCCAGACAAUUGGAGAAGACUUGGCAGCCAUCACUCCUUCAACUGGUUUCACCAUUGAGAUAGGAGCCGCAUUUACAGUUCUGCUGGCCUCAAAAAUUGGCUUGCCAAUCAGCACAACCCACUGCAAAGUGGGGUCCGUCGUGUUUGUCGGAUGGGCGUCAUCAGACCCUGACAAGAGAGGUGUUGACUGGAAGCUCUUUAGGAACAUCAUUUUCGCCUGGGUGGUGACGCUUCCAGUAGCGGGCUCGUUGAGUGCUGCUUGCAUGUACCUGCUGACAACGUUUGCUAUGUAAACGCCGGCCGGUUGGAUGAAGUGCAGCAUAAAACAAUAAAACCACGGAGACUUAAGACAUGAUGGGGAAGUGCAACAGAGGGGAGAAUGUAUCUUAAUUUUUUAAUAUUACAUUUAUUUUCUAGAAAUUAAAAUUAUAUUACAAUUUAAAAAUUAAUUGACUCACGGUGUUGAGCCAGGCUCUCGAUUGGCUGGCUCGAUAGAAGAAGUAACUUUAAAUAAGCAAUAGAUCAUCAUUUAAGAAAUCAUGUCGCGCGCAUUAUGAUUGUGUAUCACAAAGAGCAACACAAGAAUAACACACACACACACACACACACACACUUUCUUUUUAUAUAAUAAACAUACUACAUUAGUUGUGUUUUUUAUGUUUUAAUUUUUUUAGAAGAAUGGAAUGAUGAAAUAGCAAUUUUUAUUUAUGUAUCUUCAGUAAACUUGACAAAGUUUCAUUUAUUUAUCUCAUGAUAUGUUAACGCAAGGAAUGUGUAAGUUAAUCAUCGGACAUGUUGUCAUUUAAUUUAUUGCAAGAACGAAAUUAUACAGUUGCUGGCAAUUUAACAAUUCAAACUUGGCACGCGAAAAAUUAAAGAAGUUGUACACUUCAGCAUUGAAUUUUCAAUGUCUUACUGUUAAAAUUAGAGCUGGUUAAGACUGCAAAAAGUGGGUGAUUCUCAGCCAAAUUUUAAAUUGAUCUAACUUUGACAAACGCGUGAAAAGGUCCAACAAAAAUUUGGCUGGAAAUUAACCUUGAAACACAAUUGUCUGUAAUAUUUUUAAGACGGACUUCUGCACCACAGGGUAGCAUUUGAUUUGGUAAUUUCGCCAGUGGAAAAUGUAUUCUGAAACUCAUCUCUUUCAAAAGCAACACAUCCUUUAUUUAACUUUGGAGAUCAAAAUUCUGAAUUGAGACCAAAAGAAUGAGGCUUGCCGAAAAAUGAAUAAUAUUUUCCUACUUCCUCAACGCGCAGUUUUCACAAAGAUAAUUAGCUAACGACUCAAACACAUAACCAAUGUAAUGGUAGUAAGAGUAAAUUUGUGUAGCUCCAGUUACAUAAUGUUAGUUGAAGAGUCGAUGUACUGCAAGCACUCCUUUAAACUCGGCUUUUUAGGCAGUAAAGAAAAGGCGCUAAAUUGAUAUGCUGGUUUUUUCUGAGUGAGGUUUACCAGUUGUUCGAUUAAAUUUAGGUAAUCCGAAAAACAGUUUAGAGCAAGAACAGACAGCCCUCAAAUUUAUUAUCCUGUAGUUGUGGUACAGAAUGUUCUACAUUAUCAGUCCAAUGUGCUGCACAAAUUGUGCUUUUUCAUGUGCUUUAUGAAAUUCACUGUAAUAAUAAUUACUGUUCAUGUAUAAAUCCUGAAAUUUCAAAAAGAGUUUUGAAUUCAAUUUAAUAAGUGACAACAAGCGGCCAAACUGUAUAUUGAUUGGCAUAAUUUGGUGAAUAAAAUUUUCUGAUGAUCCAUAAUUUGUAUUAAAAAAAUUCUGGCCCUAUUGGAAAUUCAAGUAAAAAAAGCAGUUUUAUUUUUAAA